GCCAUUUAUAUUUUUAUUUAAUUCUCGCUGAUUAAUACUAACGUUUACUAUUUAAAAAAUCAAUUUUUCUCGAAUUUUUCGCUUGAAUAAUCAAAUGAUAGGAUAUCCAAUCGUAUUCCGAUGCUGUGAAUGCACUGUCGAAGAGCAAACUAUGGAGCACUUGGAAAGUCACAUUUGGAGCCGGCAUUUGCAAGCUUUUCCGUUUAAAUGUGCAUAUUGUGAUUUUCCGGCACUCAGUGCGAUUAGUUUAAUGGAUCAUUUCGCUCAGAAUCAUUCGGAUGUGGCUAUCGUAGAAUUCAAGCGAAACCUGGAGGAUGAGAAGCGUUUCCGGAAAAUGGUUGCCGAUUCGAUUGCAAUUGAAAUCGAUGAAACUUCGCAACAAGAUUCGAGCACACAGAUGACAGUUCUACAGCCGAUGAUGCAGCAAGGCACCGCACAAAUGAUAUUAUUACCGCCGGAGGGUAGCCAAUAUGAUGAAAUUGUGGAUCACCGAGGGCCUGAUGAAGACGAUUUUGGAGUUCUGGAUGAUGAUGAGAAUAUAGAAGAACUAAUUGACGACGAUGAUGAUGACGAUUAUAUUGAUGAGCUCGGAAAUCCGGUAUUUAUUGGAGCUCACGACGAUUCUGAUUACAUUUUGGAAGAUGAUCUAUCACCACAAGGACCAAUUCGAAGUAGUAAUAACUAUCAUUUAAAAUAUAUAAGAACUCGAAGAAUGGACAAACUCAUUGAUAAUGUGGUGGUCAACGCGACGCAACGGGAUUCUCCGGAACAAGAGGAUUGUUCCACGAGCGGAGUCGCAUUUGCAGAUGGUCAGACGAAUAGUGGAAAAAUGGGAAGAUUCAGUUGUGAUCGGUGUUCUAGGACAUUUAAAUACCAAUCCAAACUGGAUGAACAUCGUCGAACACAUCUCGGAGUAAAACCAUUUCAAUGUCACUACUGUACCCGCCAAUUCUCUCAACGUGGAGCUCUUAAAACACACAUGAGAUUACAUACAGGAGAACGUCCAUUUGUAUGUCAAUGGGAAUGUGGAAAACAAUUUGCUUCUUCAUCUGCAAAAAGUCAUCAUGAAAAGACACAUAGUGGAGAGCGACCGUAUAUUUGUAAUGUUUGUGGAAAAAGUUUCACGAAGAAUUCACAUGUUAUUCGGCAUCUUAAGAACAUUCACAAUCGAGAACUGGCUCAACAGGAUGCAAUGCUACGUGGCGACGAUGUCCAAUCGACCGAUGAAUCUUUAAAUAUUGGCUCCGCGCGAAGUCAGAUGUCCGAUAUAGAGCCACGUGGCAAAGAGAUUGGUGUAGUGCAUGAUAUUGUUGAACAAAUCCACGAGGAGCGGAAGGACUUUAUGCGGCUCUGAUUGUCUCGGCGAUUUAUUUUAUUUUUUUGUUGUUGAAAAUUGUACAUUUUUUCAGUUUUCCAAUAAAUUGUUUUUCGAAU